UUGUUGUCCCCCCCCCCUCAAAUCAGCCCCACAUACUGGACAAUGUUUCAGCUCUCUGUUGGUGGCCCAGCUGCAUUAUUGACUCAGUUGGGGACUACUGUAUCUGUCACUCACUGGAGAAGAAUUAAACUCCAUGACUACUUCAGUAAACAAGCUUUAAGUAUCUCUGUGUAUAGUCUUACACACAUACACACAGUACAGAGCAAUGCAGACAGCAUAGGGGAACACUACAGAAUUGUAACACAACUUGUGUUUUUUCUACUAAGGUAAGACAUUACAUUAAAUUACUCUCCUAACAGCUGUUUAAAGGUGUCAUACAAUUUGUUAUUUUGAAAUACAAAGUGAGAUAUUUUUAAGGCUUGUAACAUCUUUUUCUUCAAAAGUGGUCAUUUUUACAGCAUUUGUUGUAGCAGACACCAAAAGAUUCACAGCAGCUGGUGGUGCCAAGACCACAGCCAGGAGCCAGCAGACAAAAUGUUCAUCAAAAAUGCAGACUUACGAAACCCUCGUCACCACCACGAAUUAUUUCUGCGUAGUCGUCCCUUCAGGGGGGAACUGCCGACUGUGGCAGGAUUUCUCCUCUACCCGGACACUCCUGCUAAGAUGGAGACCACAUCCCAAGAUGCUUUCUGCUUCAGACCCGUCUCACAACAUGACAGAGGCAAAGGAGACCAUAUCACCCUGCACACACAGCAGGAGUCCCUCCGUUCCCAUCCCACAUCCUCUAGACAAACAGGAAGAGAAAAGAGCAGCAGGGGCUGCAAACCAGGGGAGGACGAAGAAGGCAACCACGAUCAGACAGCAGGGACAAAAGAACAGGAUACCUCAAAGAUGCAGUCUCAGUAUCAGAAGGAUUUCCCUCCUCCGUCCUCCUGCUGCAGAAGGAGAACACCUGCCCUCCCGCAGCCAGACAACAUCGGCAUCAACCCUGCCUUUAGGAUUGAUUUUAACACAGUGCAAAGAGAGAAUUAUCCUGGUUGGCCCGUCAUUGGUCCCAUGUGUGCUGGGAAGCUAAGAGCGGCCUCGUCCGGGAAACCAAACAUUUAAAAAUAAACAUAAGAAUGUAAAAAAAAUAAAAAUCAUGUUCAUACUUUUUACCAACUGAAGCAAAUAUCUAAUUCUAUCCAAUGGCUAUCAAUCCCUAUCUAUUCUAGUCUGUUGCAAUCACAGUGCACACAGUAAUAAACAUGAUUUUAUAAA